AUGGCGGCGACGGGCAAAACCAGCAGCACGGUGGUUGCACUGUCUACCCUGGCUCUAGCGGCGAGCCUCCUCCUCCUCCCCGUCUCGUCAGAGGCGGCCUGCCCCAGCAAGAGCAAACCAACGCCGAGCGCACCGACGGUGACGGGCGGGAGCGGGAGCGGCGGAGGUAAGUGCCCCGUGGACGCGCUGAAGCUGGGGGUGUGCGCGGACGUGCUGGGCCUAGGCGACGGGCUGACGAACCUGAUGGCGGGCUCCUGGUCGACGGCGUCGUCGGGGAAGAAGCCGUGCUGCGAGCUCGUUGGCGGCCUCGCCGACCUGGACGCCGCAGUCUGCCUCUGCACCGCCAUCAAGGCCAACGUGCUGGGCGUCGUCGACGUCGGCCUGCCCCUCCAGCUCGGCCUCCUCGUCAACCACUGCGGCAGGAAGCUCCCGGCUGGCUUCCAGUGCACCAACUGA